AUGCAAAUGAGACGAUUCACCCAAAAGAAUGACGAGAGACGCUGGAGUAAUGCACCACCUCUGUCAGGUAUACAACCAGUGAAAGGAUCAGUUCACAUUGUUGUUAACAGGCACUACGUAGACUUUAUCUUACACACUAAAGCUGCUCUUAAGCUACUGAAAUGGACCAAGAGAACCAGAGUUCCAGAUGAAACGUUCUUCCCCACUUUAAACUUCAAUCCCCAAUUGAGUAUCAAUGGUUCUUACUCAGGAUCACCGAACGAAAUUCAGCAGUCCAUUAACAGAUACAAAAUCUGGUAUACACAGGACCUUUGUGCGGGCCGCCUCAGGCGUGGGAUAUGUAUCUUGUCAACAGGUGAUUUACCCCGUCUUGGCCAGUCCAAACAUCUGUUUGCCAAUAAGUUUCUCAUUCAUGAAGACAGCGUAGUGAUUGGUUGCCUCGAGGAAAAACUGGCCAAUGAAACAAGAGACGAGUACGCAUGCCGAAAAAUGUUUGAUGCAACAUGGUACAGCCGACUGGACUUUGUACAAAAACAAAUUAGAACCUAUGGAGAAAAUAUUUAGUACUAGAUUGCAGGGUAAAAAUCAAUGCAAGAGUGAAGUGAAGUUUUCAUUAAGAGUCUGAAAGUAUUGCCCCAAAGACCUUACCAAGUAAAUAAUAUAAGAGUGGGUGACUAUCAAUACUGUGGUGAGGUGUGGAUGAAACAGGUGUAGACAGAUGGUCUAGAUCUCUAUUUCCCAGGAUAAAGAUAAAACCCCGAUUAA